GGUACAGAGUAUUCGUGGGACGUUCGUGAUCCAGACGAGUACGACGACGCCUCAGUCACCCAAUUGUCGUCCCCUCGCCGCCCAUCAACUCCCUCAAAAUGCCUACGUCCCCCGAAGUCGAGCACCUCGACGUGCUCGUCCUGGGCGCGGGUCUCUCCGGCAUCAAUGCCGCCUACCGCGUGCAACAGGAGCUCCCGGGCUUGAGCUACGCCGUCCUCGACCGCCGCGACGUCAUCGGUGGCACCUGGUCCUUCUGGCGCUACCCCGGCUUCCGCUGCGACGCCAGCAUGACCACCUUCGGCUUCUCCUGGCACCCCUGGACCCAUAACCGGCUCAUCAUCGAGGGUCCCCCCAUCGUCGACUACAUCCAGGACGCCGUCCGCACCCAGGGGAUUGACCGCCACAUCCGCCUCCACCACCGCGUGCGCUCUGCCAACUGGGACUCGGCCGAGGCUCGUUGGGUGCUCGAGGUCGACGUCGGUCCCGAACCAAAGGAAGGCGGAGACGGCGACGGCAACGGAACCGACACACCCCAAACCGUCCGCAAGAUAUUCAAGGCCUCUUUCCUCUUCAUGUGCACCGGAUACUACUCCUACGAGCGCGCCCUCGAGGCCGACAUCCCCGGCAUCAAAGACUUCGCCGGCGUCGUCGCCCACCCGCAGUGGUGGCCCGAAGACCUCGACCACACCGGCAAGCGCGUCAUCAUCAUCGGCUCCGGCGCCACCGCCAUCACCCUCUUCCCCACCAUGGCCCAGACCGCCUCCCACACCACCAUGCUCCAACGGAGCCCUUCCUUCGUCUUCUCCCCCCCGACCGAGAGCCCCAUGGACCAAUUCCUCCGCCGCUUCCUGCCCCUCUGGCUGGUCCACUGGAUCGCCUACGCGCGCGAUCUCGUCCGCGAGACCCUCUUCGUCACCUGGCUCCUGGCCUUCCCCCGCGUGGGCCGCCGCUUCCUCACCGCCGAGGCCCGCAAGAAGCUUCCCCCGGGCUACCCCGUCGACGUCCACUUCAACCCGAAAUACGACCCGUUCCGCCAGCGCCUCUGCAUGUCCCCGGACGGCGACGUCUUCGCGGCCCUCCACAAGCCCAACGCCGAGAUCGUCACGGACCACAUCGACACCGUGCUCGCGGACGGCAUCCGCACCCGCUCGGGCCGCUUCCUCCCCGCCGACAUCAUCGUCACCGCCACGGGCCUCUACGUCGAGCUCUUCGGCACCAUCGCCCUCUCCGUCGACGGCGAACCCGUCCACCCGGGCGAGGUCUACUGCUGGCGCGGCUGCAUGCUCGAGGGCGUCCCCAACGCGGUCGCCGUCAUCGGCUACGUGGCCGGCACCUGGACCCCCGGCGCCGACGCCAUGGCGCGCCUCACGAUCAAGGUCAUCAAGCGCGCCCGCGCCGUCGGCGCCGCGUACUUUGCGCCUGUGCUGUCGGCCGAGGAGAAGGCGAACGCGCCGCGCCACUCCGUCAUCGAUAUGAACAGCGCGUACUUCGUUCGCGCGCACGGCCGGCUCCCGCUGGCUAUGCGGAAGGGUCCGUGGUAUGGGAGGGAGAAUAUCGUGACGGAUCUCAAGGCGCUGUUCUUUGGCAGUUUGACCGACGGCAUGAAGUAUAUAAUGCCCGGCCCGAGGUCUAAGAGCGAUUAACCAACCGUUUGGGCUUCGGUCAUGGGGUCGAUGUAUGUAAACGUGUUGGAAACAAGGUCAUGUCGUCGAACUGGCCAAUGCCUCUUUGAUGGAACAUCUCUGUGAUGUAGCAUGUACACUAGAUUUCUACCUAGGAAUAGAUCCACCC